UAGGUUUGUGAGCCUGGCCGCCGUAAACAGUGGCCAGAGUCAACACGUGAAGCAACACAACACAAGAUGGGGAUAUUAGAGAGAAGACAAAAAGUGUUCUACAGGAAGACUAAAAAGGGUAACAUCAUCAAGAUUGUUCGAGAACACUACUUGCGAGAUGAUAUUUGGUGUGGGUUGGAUGGAUGCGGUAUUUGCAAGAUAGAGGAACCCACUCUGGAUGUGAUCACCAGCAACGACAGCUCCCUCGUAGCGCUGCCUCACCACAUCAUCAUUGACACCAACGUGGCUCUCCAUCAGAUUGAUGUAUUGUGUGAUGACAGUGUUACCAAUGUUAUUAUUCCCCAAACUGUCAUAGGAGAAGUAAGGCACCGCUCACUCCCUAUAUAUAAACGACUGCGGGACCUUAUUGAAACACCCUCAAAAAAGUUUCAUGUGUUCAUAAAUGAGCAUCACAGUGAGUGUUAUAUAGAGAGGGAAGAAAAGGAAUCAUCAAAUGAUAGGAAUGACAGAGCCAUCAGAGUGGCAUGUUGGUGGUACAAGCAGCACUUCCGAGAGAGUCACCAAAAUGUCAUCCUCAUCACAAAUGACUUCGCUAAUCGGGAUAAGGCUCGGGAGAUGGAACUUGAAUCUUACACAAUGUAUGAAUAUGUGUCCAGCCUGAAGGAGAGGCCUGGCCUGUUGGAUAUUGUAGCUAAGGUGGAAGAAGAAAAAGAGGAUGAGGGUAGUGACCGUUACCUGUACACACCACACUGGUCUGUAGAGAAAAUACGCAGUGGACUAAAGAGUGGUAAAAUUCGUCAAGGACCAUUGAAGACAUCACGCAAUAACUUCCUUGAAGCCAACGUGAUGUUGGAUGGCUACGAGAAAUCAGUACUGAUCCAAGGACGCCUCAACCUGAACCGUGCGUUACAUGACGAUACCGUGGCAAUUGAAAUAUUUCCUGAGGAACAGUGGUCAGCUCCCUCAACGGUUGUAAUUGACCAAGAAAAACAAGAAGAGGAAAAAGGAGGAGAUUGUGAAGAUGAUGCUGAUGAAACAACCCUUAAAGAAGAACAAGAUCUGUUAGCUUCUGGGCGUGGAGAAGGAGAGCGUCAGCCAACUGGAUGUGUUGUUGGCAUUAUCAGGCGCAAAUGGAGACAAUACUGUGGCAUCAUUAAAAAAAAUGAAAUUACUGAAUCACUGCGACACUUGUUCAUCCCGGCUGAUAAGAAGAUCCCAUUUAUCCGUAUUGAGACAAGGCAGCCUGACCUGCUGUACAAUAAGAGAAUAAUUGUUGCUAUUGAUUGCUGGCCCAGAAACUCAAGGAACCCAAAGGGGCACUUUGUUCGUGUGAUUGGCACUGUUGGAGAGAAGGAGGCUGAGAAUGAAGUGAUUCUUUUGGAACAUGACUGUCCAUACACCAAGUUCUCAGAGUCUGUCUUGAACUGCCUUCCAAAGUUGCCUUGGGUAAUCACAAAAAAGGAUGAGGCUGAACGUGAAGAUCUCCGGCACUUAGAUGUCUGCUCUGUUGAUCCCAUUGGGUGUACCGACAUUGAUGAUGCUCUCCAUUGUCGAGAUCUCCCAAAUGGUAAGCAUGAAGUUGGUGUUCACAUUGCCGAUGUGUCUCACUUCAUCCGACCCAACACUGCCCUAGACAAGGAGGCACAGAACCGCAGUACCACAGUAUACCUCACUAACCGUCGUAUUGACAUGGUACCAGAUCUUCUCAGCAGCAACCUGUGUUCCCUGCGUGGUGAUGUGGACAGAUUUGCUUUUUCUGUUAUAUGGGAAUUGACACCAGAAUCAGAAGUCUUGUCAUCUAGAUUCUGCAAGUCUAUCAUUAAAUCCCGUGGAGAAUUGAGCUAUGAACAAGCCCAGCAGCGCAUCGACGACCCAAAUAUGAAAGAUGACCUCACGGAGUCCCUCAGAAAACUCAACAGGCUGGCUAAGAAACGGAAGAGCAAGAGAAUUGAUGCAGGAGCACUGGUGUUGGCUAGUAUGGAAGUUAAAUUCCACGUUGAUCCUGACACAGACACUGUGGUCGACAUCGUAGCCAAGCAACAUCUGGAGACAAUGAGCAUGGUUGAAGAGUUCAUGUUGCUGGCCAAUGUGACAUCUGCAGAAACCACACUAGAGCACUUCCCAAAUUGUGCUCUUCUUCGGAGACAUCCGGCACCUCCACCAUCAAACUUCGAUCCCUUGUUGUUAGCAGCAAAAAGUCAAAACAUUGAAUUAGAUGUAACAAGCAACAAAACCCUGGCCAACAGUCUGAACCAUGCAACACGGGACAAUAACCCCUUCUUCAACAGUAUGUUGCGUAUCAUGACCACUCGGUGCAUGAUGCAGGCUCUCUACUUCUGUUCCGGGACACUGGAAUCCCCAGAAUAUAAUCACUAUGGUCUGGCUACACCAACAUACACCCACUUUACUUCACCUAUUAGAAGGUAUGCUGACAUCAUUGUACACAGAUUGUUGGCAGUUAUUAUCGAAGCAGACCGGACUUACCCAGACCUGUUGGACCCCAAGAAGUUGGCAGAUCUCACUCAGCACAUCAAUUAUCGACACAAGAUGUCUCAGUACGCAGGCAGAGGAUCAGCCGAAAUUACAGCAAUUGCUUCUCUAAGAGGAAAGGUGUCAGAAUUUGACUCUUAUGUGUUGGUCCUUCACAAAAAUGCCAUCCAGGUCUUGGUACCAACAAUUGGUCAGCAGUUGACCCUAUACUUGGAUAGUAGAAGGAAGAAGAAGAAGAAGAAUGAAGGAAAAUUGGGAAAGAAACAAAAUCAGAAAUCAGUACAACCAAUGGAAGUUGAAGAGGAAAUUACAGCACCUGAGUUUGAAUUUAAUGAACAGGAACUGUAUGUGAAGUGUGGGGAUGUGGUAAUUCGUCCAUUUGACCAUCUGCGUAUACAAGUAAGUGUGGAUGCUUCAGAUGUUCAACACCAGCGGGUUGUCUGCAAGCUUAUUCAACCCGUUAUCCCAGGAUUUUCCGUUCCUCCCCUGAAGCGAGAAGGAGAUGAAGCAGAGGAACAAGAAUCAAAGAAAAUGAAAAAGCAAUAGAUUUAGAUAAACACUGCAAAUAAAAAGUAACUUAGUGUGGGGAAUUUUUUUUUAAUUUAUUGACAUUCUGAAGUUAUUUUUAUCAAAAAUAGAACUACUAAUAGGAUACAAGCUUGAAUCAUUUACAUGUUUCUUUAUGGCUCCCUUUUUAUAUAUACCGGUAUCAUACUUGUUUGUGAUUCGUUCGGAGUCAGUUUUACAACUCUUGUUAAGUUAUUAAUGUAUUUCAAAUGACAGUGAUUCAUGCAAUAAAUUACUAUUAUCACAGUUUAAAGUCACUGUACAAGUAUAAGGAUUUUCUUAAUCUUUACAUUACAUUACUAGAACAGUAAAUGAGUCUUUUUUUUAAAUCUUUAAUGAAAGAAAAAUUGCCAACCAUUGAUUUUAGGGGAAUAGCAGACACAUGAACAAUUUUAUUUUCAUACAUAUCACAAUAUUUUAAUUGCUUGAAAGAUUUCCUUAUGCACUUACAUGCGGUUCAAAAUUUUCAUUCAUUUGCUUAUUCAGGUAAUGAGUUAUAAUGAUUUGAGCAUUAAAAUGACUCAUUUUCUCAAAAUCACCUCCCUUUACAGCACUGCCCUUCCCCACUGACGUAUCAGUGCUUGAAAACUGGUAGCGUAUAUUAUUUUGUCCAUUCACUUCAACCAAUUUCAGAUAUGGACCUUCACCUCAUGUUAUCAGUGUGUUUCUUCAGUGACUCAAAUACAUGAAAUUCAUUAGGAACCAAGCACAAACUGUAGUUUGACUGUGGUAUUAAAGCUGUGUGAAGCUGGGCAUUAUCCUGAAUCACAAACAUGACUUCAUGUUCAUGGAGUUCAUGUAGGAAACAAAAUUAUGAUGUAGUUUUGACAGAUUAAAAUGUUCAAAAAAAAAAUUUCUGUAAGAUAAUUCCCACCCUCACAUAGCUGAUAACACUGAGGUCAAACUAUAGGAUUUGAACCAGGAAGUUAUCGCUCACAUGUCCUACAGCCCUGAUUUGGCUCCUACUGAUUUCCAUCAAUUAAUAACAGUAAAGCAUCAGCUAGGUGGGCAACAACUGCUGUCGGAGAACCAUUUAAGGGUCCAUGAUCUGUAAUGGUUUUACUCUCUAGACAUUCAGGUGCCUCAACAAGAGAAGUGUUGUGCUAUAUAGGGAGCUUUUGUGGAGAAAAAGGUAAAGUCUGUCUUAUGUCAUUUCAACUUUUAACUCCAAUGAAACAAAUCUAGGAAUGGUUUGAGCCGCCCUCUUUUAUAUAUAUAUAUAUGACAUACCUAAUGUUCAAAAGGUUUUAGAUAUUGUGGUACAAAUUAUAUUAAUACUAGAACUUUGAUGAAGAGACUUAUUAUUAGAAAUUUUUUAGGCUUUUGAGAGUCAUAAUAUAGGUGUACCCCACUUAAGAUAGUACAUUUAUUCAUGUAAAAAUUUCACAGUGUGAAAUUACAUUUCAUGGAGUAAUUUUCCCAUUGUAAUACUUUUAUUACCUGCAGAUGUGUUCUGACUUCUGAUUUUUGGCACUAAUGUAACAAACAUAAAAAAAAAUUAUAUAUAAAAUAAGUAAUUAAUAUUUUAAAUACUGUACCUGUAUGUACAAUACAUAUAGUAGAAACAAUGAAAUGAACAGUAGUUAAUUAAUUAACACUCGCCAUCAAUGGAAUAAAUGAUGUACGUAA